UCCGCCGCGCUCCUUCAGCCCAGGCACUCUCUGCACGUCUCCAGCCCAGCUCUGCCUAUUCCCAGCAGCCAUGGCACUCACCAGUGACCCGGUCUACCAGAAACUGGCCCAGUGGUAUCAGGCCAACCAUGCCAACCUCAACAUGAGGCAGAUGUUUGAGGCUGACAAGGACAGGCACAGCAAAUUCAGUAAAACCCUUCAGACCGGCGAGGGCGACAUCCUGGUGGAUUAUUCCAAAAACCUCAUCACCGAGGAUGUUCUUAAGAUGCUUCUGGACCUGGCCUGCUCUCGAGGUGUUGAAAGCGCCAGGCAGCGCAUGUUCUCCGCUGAGAAGAUUAACUUCACCGAGGACCGAGCUGUCCUACAUGUUGCUCUGCGCAAUCGCUCCAACACCCCAAUCCUGUUGGAAGGAAAAGACGUAAUGCCAGAAGUCAAUGCCGUACUGGAGAAGAUGAAGGCUUUUUGCCAGAAAGUCCGCAGUGGUGACUGGAAGGGAUACUCUGGAAAGGCCAUCGCUGACGUGGUUAACAUUGGAAUUGGCGGUUCCGACCUGGGACCUCUGAUGGUAACCGAAGCCCUCAAGCCGUAUUCCAAAGGAGGACCUCGCGUAUGGUUUGUGUCCAACAUCGACGGGACUCACAUUGCCAAAACGCUGGCGGAACUGAACCCCGAGACCACCCUCUUCAUCAUUGCAUCUAAGACAUUUACGACCCAGGAGACCAUCACCAACGCAGAGACCGCCAAGGAGUGGUUCCUGAAUACCGCUAAAGACCCGUCCGCAGUGGCCAAGCACUUUGUCGCCCUGUCCACCAAUGCUCCGAAAGUGAAGGAUUUUGGAAUCGACACAGCCAACAUGUUUGGUUUCUGGGACUGGGUCGGUGGUCGCUACUCUCUUUGGUCAGCCAUUGGCCUCUCCAUUGCCCUUCACAUCGGUUUUGAUAACUUUGAGAAACUUCUGGCUGGUGCUCACUGGAUGGACAAUCACUUCUGCAACACCCCGCUAGAGAACAAUGUUCCGGUUCUUCUUGCCAUGUUGGGAGUUUGGUACAUUAACUUCUACGGAUGUGAGACUCAUGCCCUGCUGCCUUAUGACCAGUACAUGCACCGCUUUGCAGCCUACUUCCAGCAGGGAGACAUGGAAUCCAAUGGGAAGUACAUCACAAAGACCGGGGCUCGUGUCAAUUACAAUACCGGACCUGUGGUUUGGGGGGAGCCCGGAACGAACGGCCAGCACGCGUUCUAUCAGCUCAUUCACCAAGGAACCCGCAAGAUUCCGUGCGACUUCCUGAUCCCCAUACAGACUCAGCACCCAAUCAGAAAAGGCCUGCAUCACAAGAUACUUCUGUCAAACUUUCUUGCCCAAACUGAGGCUUUGAUGAAGGGGAAGUCGACUGAAGAGGCUAAAAAGGAGCUACAGGCGACCGGGCUGAGCGGAGAAGCCCUAGAAAAGCUGCUUCCUCACAAGGUUUUUGAAGGAAACAGACCAACCAACUCUAUUGUGUUCACCAAACUUAACCCUUUUAUUCUUGGAGCUUUAAUUGCUAUGUAUGAACACAAGAUCUUUGUACAAGGGGUUGUUUGGGAUAUUAACAGCUAUGACCAGUGGGGCGUUGAGCUGGGAAAGCAGUUGGCGAAAAAGAUUGAACCGGAGCUGGAGUCUGAUGCUGAAGUCACGUCCCAUGACUGCUCCACAAAUGGCCUCAUCAACUUCAUCAAGAAACACCGGGGCUAAACUGGCCGUGCGGACACUUUGUCCACCGAAAACUGCACACCAAAUCUCCUUUGUCCUCUUCUCGGCUUUCAGCAAGAAAAAAAAGGCACUUUCCUGACUGUAGUCUGUCCUUGUAAUUGUGAAAAUGUUGUGUGUCUUAUGGUUAAAAUAGUCCUGGGGAAGGUGCCACGACCUGGUUUGGGAGCACCGAUAUCUGCUCUGUAGCCACGGCUGUCUCGAGUCGAGCGGAAUCCAUGUUCUGUCUGAUCACCUCUCUCCCAGACACAGUUUUUAUUUUGCACUUAUGGUUUUCUGUGCAGGUAUCUGUUUACAGAAUAAAAAAAAAAUCGCAAUCA